AUGACAACAGCACAGGAUGAUGUCGACGGCAGCGAUACUAUUCCUACCAUCCUUUUGAUUCUUACUUGCAUCCUCACAGCAUCAUCUCUCUCUUCCACCAUCCUUCGGUGUCUCGCGCGAGCCUCGCAACGAACAUUUAGCUGGGACGACUGGUUAAUACUCAUCACAACCGCGCUUUUGAUUGUACGGACCGGCCUGCAGAUCCAUGGUGUACAGGUUUACACUGGAGCUCUCCGGUCCUCGGCGUCGUCGACGAUAUCAACAGCGGUCGAACUUUUGAUGGAGGAGGAAUGGAUUACGCACUUGCUCUCAUUUCCGACAAUAUGUAUGUUGAAAUGCGCCUGUUGCGUUUUUCUUUUGCGCCUGGAAGAUAGACCUAAAAGGCGGAUGGUUGCAUGGUUCAUGCGAACAAUCAUGGCUGGCCUGAUUGUUACCAACCUUGGACCGGCGAUUGUCUAUCUUGCUGAGUGCUCGCCUGUUAAGGCUUAUUGGAUUCCAGGGGCGGGCACUUGUUGGCCUGAUGAAGCGCGAAAGGCUUCUUUAUACAUGCAGCUAGUGUACUCGAUACUCUUCGACGCGAUCUUUACGCUCAUACCAGUGGGAAUUAUCUUCAUAUCCAAACUGCAUGUGCGAGAUAAGAUUAUGAUGUGUGCCCUUGCGGGCAUGGGAUGCUUAGUCACAGCCAGCGCAAUAGUCGAGGUGUCAAUGACGGGUUACGUUUCACGAAGUUCACUGGAUCAAGCUUGUAAAGCAGUAAUAUUCGCAAACAUCGAGCUUCACGUUGGAAUGGUUGCCAUUAAUGCUGCUUGCGGGUAUCACGUUUACUCUACACCUCGCCACAGCAGGGGAGUAUCCGGCGCCGUCAAAACAGGAGACAGGGACAACAGGCUCAAUGGAGACGAUGUCAGCAGACAUUUAGAGAUUCAACACCAAGAAAUCGACGACGCCAACAGUGAAACAAAGAUCAAUCCAUCUUCAAAUACAACAUACACUAAUAACCACAUCUCCACCGUGGCCGGCCACGACAAUACCCAAAACAACUCACCAAUCCCUCCCUCAUCACUACGCUCACUCUCAAAACGAAAGAACUUACCACCCCCAACUCUUCUCCCAUCUUGUGCCUCAUCUUCAUCUCAACAACCAUCAUCAAACCACUACGAACUACAACCAUAUCACUCCCACGACAACGACGACAUCGACAGAAACACCCUCGACGAAAUAAUCGCCUACGACGUCACGGAUACAAUUCCACUGCAAGACUCAAUCCGCAAAGUAACCGAAUAUGUGGUCGUAUCAUCACGGUUAUCACAGGCGUUGCCGGCUUGUCCGCCCGGGAAUGGGAAUUGGUUUAUUAGUGGGAGAGUGCCUUGA